AUGGAUUUUCUAUCUGUAUUUUGUGAUGAUUUGAGUGGAAUUCUUAUCGAACAAAAUGCUAUGAUGUAUGUAUUUGAAAUUCAUCAAAUUGGAAAUGUUCAACCGAUUGGUUCUCAAAUAUUCACUUGCUUGGAAAUGUCUUUGAACUUGAGAAACCAGAAAAUUCAAAUCAGAGAGGUCACACUGGAUUUUUAUAGUCUAGAACAAAUAAACUCACUCUUGGCAUUGAUAGAUCCAGAGUCCUUGGCUGGGGUCUUUCUGAAAUUACAGCCAAGUCGAUUUGUAAAAAGUUUGGAUGAAAUUAUUCUACUGGAGCAGUGGAAGGAAUUCAAAAAUGUUCAGUUUAGUUCAACAACCAAUACUUUGUCAAGGAAUGAGCUGAUAGUUAUUAAAAAGACUCUCCUAACAUCUCAAGUAUUCAAACUCAUUGGAAUCUACUAUGAAGACAUUGAUAGUUUCCUUCUCGACGAAAUAUUUGGCCAUCCUACACAACCCACCAAUCAAUAUGGUACAACACGAACAAUCCGAGUCCCCGAUACUAAAAGAGAUGUCCUCACGGUUACAGUAUACCCGAAUAAUUGUAUCGUUUUUGCGAGGGAAAAAUGUUGUCCGGAUUUCUACACCGAGCAAUUGUUUAACAAAAUCAUUGAGUUGGCUCAAAAUUGUGAAGGACCAUUUUUGAAAGUUUUGAUGAACCCAUUGAUAAUGACUAACUUAUCGAGUUAUCUCGAUUUUGUGGAUAUCCAAGCCCUCCGCAAAACUUCUUCUGGUAUACGCAAGUGUAUAGACUACAUCAAGCCGGACCCCGAAAUUUCAAAACUUAUGAUAAAAUCUAAAAAUUUUGUAAGAGUCGAUGUUCAGAUGAGCUUCCAAGAUAAAGCCUCACCUCUAUACAUCCAAUACGAGGAGGUAGAUCCCGGAUGUCUGGUUAAUGAAAAGUUUGUGAAACACGGAAUGUUUCUAACUCUCCUGAACGACAUUGAAGCAAAUUUUCGGCAUCAAGAAGCUCCUCUGGAAGAGCUCAACCUAGAUUUAUACUCGAUGAGAUAUUUUCAUAAAGAGUUUCUAGACAAAAUUCGAAAUUUUUUGAAACCUCAGACUGGAUUACUAAGCACCAGAAAGCUCAAUGUGAUAGCCGAUGGAGAAGAUGAUUUACUCAAAACUAUGAAAUGGUUGGAGCCGGUGGCUUUGGAAAUCAUAGAAGUUCACUCCUUGGUUUCGGAUAGUUGGAAGGAGAAGAUUGUGGUAGAUCACAAAUUUUAUGAGCUAAAUCAAUGGAUAUAUGCAAAGGAAUUUGUUAUGAAGGAUUUUGUUAUUCCUAUUCCAUUCAAUUUCCAGUACUUCAUUCAUUUUGUCAAGCUAGACGUUUUUGUGGAAAUUAUUUCUAGUGGAGAUGUAUACGAAUUGAAGGAGGAGCUCCUCUACUCCCCGUCUUUCGUCAAAUUCAAAAUUGAAUUCCAAACGCGCUCCAUUGAUAACGAUGAUCUUUUCAACCUACUGGGUCAUUCAUACCAUAUUGAGAACGACAGAUUAGCGAGUAAACGGAAGACUUGGUACUUCCAGAUGCCUGAGAGGGAUAGAGUACUUCAUAUUGUUUAUCAUGUUGAUCAAAAGAUUAUAUUUUUUAAGAAAGUUGGAUUAGAGGAGAUUCCUGAAGAUGUGUUCUUUGGAUUUGAGGAGGAAUGA